UUGUAAUCAAGAUGGCAGCGCCCAUGUAGACUGGCGGUAUCGUGUUGACUAUCACGUUAUAUCAGGCGUUUCUGGUCUCCGUUCUGUAGUGAUGAAGCUCUACUUGUAAUAUUUACUCCAGAGUUGUUCAGAGAAGCGCUGUCGCCAUGGAUGAGGCCAUCUGUCCGCGCUGUAAGACCACCAAGUACCGUAACCCGUCCAUGGUACUGAUGGUCAACACUUGUGGACACACACUGUGUGAGAACUGUGUGGAGACACUGUUUGCCCGAGGCUCAGGGACGUGUCCAGAAUGUAACAUCUCCCUCAGGAGAAACACCUUCAGGAUACAACAGUUUGAGGACCCAUUCGUCGACAAGGAAGUUGAUAUCAGGAAAAGAAUAUUGAAAAUCUACAACAGACAGGAGGAGGAGUUCACAAGUCUGAGAGAAUAUAAUGACUACCUGGAAGAGGUGGAAACUAUCAUAUUCAACCUUUCCAACAACAUUGAUGUGGACUUGACCAAGAAGAAGGUAGAGGAAUACCAGAAAAGUAACAAGUCCAACAUCCAGAGGAACAGGAGCAAACUGAGUAAAGAUGAGGAGCUGAUGGAGCAGCUCAUUGAGGAGGAACAGGCGUACCUGCAGCUCAGCAGACAGGAGCUGGUCCAGCAGGAGAGGAGGGAGAAGCAGAGGAAGAUGAGGCAGAGAGAGGAGCUGUUAGACAACCUGGAGUUUUCAGACUUGCCUGCUGGUCUGGUGUUGGCCAGUCACACAGCUAGACAUGAGGAGGAGAUGGAGAGGAAACCUGCACCAACAACAAAGUUCUCCACUGGGAUCAGGAUAGGGGUGGGUGGGGAAUGGAUGUCCGUAAAAAAAGUAGAUAAGGGUGUAAGAUGGUACUUAACUGUAGAGGGUAACAAAAUCCGACAUAUAUUUAUAUUGACCUAUCUAUUAGUAAUCUGUCAAACCCACAUUUGGACACAUCACAAAGACUUUGCCAAUCUUUUUCUGUAACAUCCUAAUCAAAAG